GACUGAGUGAGGGCGCUCUUCCGAAUAGCAAAGCUGAACGCGUUGAAAUAGCCGCGGCUGGGUAGAAAUUACAGACGACUCAGGUCGCAGAACCGACCGCAAAGCAUUAGUGCCGUUGUCAAACCUUUCACAUCCCACUCCAAACACAAUAACACGGCAUUGAUGGUAAUGUAUGCAAGGAAACAACCGAGACUCGGCGAUGGGUGCGACCGAAGAGAUUCUCAGCCCUAUCAGACUCUUAAAUACUCAUCCAAGAGCCACCCAGGAGGGGACCACCGUCAUGAGAAGAUGCGAGACUCAUCAGAUGUCACUCCUCCUUGCAAAAUGCUCAGGCGGUCAGACAGCCCCGAAAACAAGCACGUUGAAGGCAUGGGGCACAGUAGAGCGAAGGCUGUCCACACACACCGGGCCAGAGACAGGGAUGGAGGGACCAGUUAUUCACCACAAGAAAAUUCCCACAACCACAGCUCCCUUCAUAGCUCCAACUCACAUUCUAACCCCGGCAAGACCUCAGACACACAUUAUGAGCCAGGGGAUGACUGGUCAGAGCACAUCAGCUCUUCCGGGAAGAAAUACUACUACAAUUGCAGGACAGAGGUCUCCCAGUGGGAAAAGCCCAAAGAGUGGUUGGAGAGAGAGCAGAGGCAGAAAGAGGCCACUAAGACCACAGUUGUUAACAGUUUCCCCAAAGACAGGGACUACAGAAGGGAGGCCAUGCAAGCAUCGACAGGCUCUGGCUUUACUGCUGCUAAAUCAGCCCAGGUGGAGAAGCCCACAGCAGCCACUCAGUCCCAGUCGUCGUCAUCAUCAGGCUCAGGGGGUCUGAACCCUUCAUCAGGGCCUCCUGGCUCCUCUGCCUCAACAGUCCCUGUGUCUCCAGUCCUGCAGUCUCCCGCCCCGCCACUACUCCAGGACCCUACCCUGCUCAGGCAGCUCCUCCCAGCACUUCAGACUGCCCUCCAGCUCAACAAUGCCACUGUGGACAUGGCAAAGAUCAAUGAAGUUCUCACAGCUGCUGUCACACAAGCUUCAUUACAGUCAAUGCUCCACAAAAUCCUCACUGUUGGACCAUCAGCUUUCAAUAUCACUACUCUUCUCUCUCAAGCGGCUCAGCUCUCCAACCAAGCAGCCCAGCAGUCAAACCAGUCACCAAUGUCAUUAACAUCGGACGCCUCAUCGCCCAGGUCCUACGUUUCACCCAGGAUCAGCACACCACAGACCAACACUGGCCCCCUUAAACCCCUUCUCAGUACACCUCCUGUCAUCUCACAGACAAAAGUGAGCACAUCAGUUGUAAAGCAAGCGUCUCUUCCCCAACCCACGUCUCAGCAGCCCCUCCCCAGUGACAAACAUCAUGGCCACGACUCCACUGCUGCCUCCCCACGUACUCUCCAACGCCAAGGCAGUCAGAGGAGUCCCUCCCCGGGUCCUAACCACAUCACCCCAAGCAGCAGUAGCAGCAGCGCCCCAAACUCUGCCCCCACUCCCACCAGUUCUUCAGCAGCUCGGCCGUCCUGCUCCUUCACCCCCACUCUCGCUGCUCACUUCAAUGAAAAUCUCAUCAAACAUGUCCAGGGUUGGCCUGCUGACCAUGCAGAGAAGCAGGCAUCAAGACUACGUGAGGAGGCCCACACCAUGGGAAGCAUCUGCAUGUCUGAGAACUGCACAGAGCUGAAAAAUCUCCGAUCCCUAGUCAGAGUCUGUGAAAUACAAGCAACAUUGCGUGAGCAGAGGAUACUAUUUUUGAGACAGCAAAUCAAAGAACUUGAAAAGUUGAAGAAUCAGAAUUCUUUCAUGGUCUGAGAACUUCUGGUUAAAAAUUGAAGUGGGAGCUGGGAAAGGGGGGAAGAUAACCCAUUGCACAUAGAUGGAAGCCGGAGGGAGAACAGAUGUUCAGUCCUUGUUGCCACCAGUCUUAACACAGGAGCUGCAGUUGGGUUGGCUUUGGACCGUUGGGCUGGGUGAGCCUAGAGGGAAAGAGAAAAGGUUUUUUAAGUGAGUGGGAGGGGUUUAUUUACAAAACGUCGUUUUGUAAAAAUCCCAGUGGGGGAGAAAAAAAAUGUAGAUUUCUUGUAGAUGUUAUCUAUGUUGUAAAUAUGUUUUGUAGAUUGAAGCCAUGGAAAGCCAUGCCUAUCAAAGCUUUUGACAUCCAAACUAAUCAACGCCUAGGCGGCUACAUUCAUUAGCUAGCCUUUUCCUUCAUGUUAACUUUGUCUGCCGACUUAAAGCUUCAUUUUUGUCAAUAGAUUGUUGAACCAUUGCCUUAAGCAUGUGUAUGACCUGCAUGGAGAUGAGGGGAAAGAUGUUUUAAGCCAUUCAUUUAAGCUAAGCGUAAAGGUUAUCACACUGGUGUCACUUUUUUUUUUUUUCUUGAAAUAUUGGUAAACUUAAAGGUCUGUCUGAUUCUACUAUUCCCAUUUCCCUGUUGGGUUGAACUGUAAUGCUUACUCAGGCACAAGUAAACAUCCCCCUUUGGGCAGGUCUACCGGUGACAGGUCGCAAUGGUUCAAUGAUCGAUGCAGCUUCCAGUGGCCCUGCAUUUCCCAAACUGAAAAUAACAGUGCCUGGUGGUGUGGUGAAGUGAGUGAUUGAUUAAAAAAGAAAAAGAAAGAUGUGUGUUGGCGUGCUGCUUUGGACCAUUCCCACUAUGAGCUCUUCUGCUAGCCUCAGCCCUGCUGCCAGAGCCUCACCUCGGGUGAGGCUCUGGGGGUCAUCAACAAGUUGUCGCUUGAAACCCUCCUGAUAGAUUUUUUUUCUUUUUCUUUUUUCCUUGUGGAUAAAUGUACUUUUUGAAGCUGAGGUGGUGCCACUCAUUCAUUCCUCUGUACAGAUACUAAGGUAACAGUGGAGUUUUCAGAAGAGGACGACAAGAAUAAAGGUUUUAUUUAAAGUUGCAGUGAUGAUGACUGGUAUAUCAAAUCAUGUUGAACUCGAGUGAUUAACUACACGUUUCCCUUUUACACCCGCUUAGGAGGAAUUAUAGUAGAGCUACGGGGAAAAUAAGCAGCUGUUUUUGGGCACCAGCAAAGGGGUGGAGGGACAAUGCUGGUCACCAACUAAACUCCCCCUCUCCCCCCCCCCACACACACACACACGUCAGCAGGGCAAAGUGAGUUCACAAGGUCAAAUGUGAAAUGUAUGUAUUGUAAUAAAAGGUAAAUUAAAGCGAGCACUGGUUAUUUUAUUGGAGUACUAUGUACGGUUUCGUUUGAACGCUAGUGCCUUGUUUAAAGUCUUGAGUCUCACAGCCUCAUAUAUCUGAAUAUACCACACCUUGUUGUUGUUUUUAAAAUCCUCUGACCAACAAAGGACCUUUAACAAGCAUGUUUUGCAUAGAAUUUUUUUUUCCUAGCAUGCCCACAUCCCUUUCAUUCGUCCGCCUCCCGCUGUUCGAGAGCAGGCUCCUAAACUGCCCGAACGUGACUCCCCUCCCCACCACCACCACCAUACUAUCUAUGGAGUCUGACUGAGCUGCACCACACAUUCAGUAAAGAUGACCACACCAGUGCUUUGUAUAUUGUUUCCUCAAGUAUAUUGGCAAAAAUAAAAUCUGCCUCUCCAGG